AUGCCAGACCGGACCCUAGACACCCGAGUUAAGCACCUUGCAAGCGAGGAAAGUAAAUACAUAAUAGUGGUCAUUGUCAUUAAGAAUAAAAACAGUAAUAACGAUUGUCACCACGGGGUUCCGUACAGCAGGUGCACGUGGAGCGGGCUUCUCCUGCAGCCCGGCACAGCAGCUGGGCAAAGCGAACGGCCUCCGCGCGCGCCGCCCGCUUGGGCGGGACCCGCUGCGCAGUACUCCGCGGGCGGGUGCGCUCCCCGCCCGGCCCUGCCCUCCCCCCUGCGCCUGCGCAUCCGGCGGCCGGGACGGGUUUAUCGGCUUCCGGUUGCUAGGGCCUGUCUCCUUGGUCUCGGGUCGCACCUGGCGGAAGAGGAGAUAAAAAAAGGAAAAGCUGAUUGUUUUGAGAAGCAGCUGAUUGCCCUAAAGGAGAGCGUACGAGUCCAACGUUUCCAAGCAUCUCUUCCAAUAAUAAGAACGGAAAAUUACAGGCAUCAAGAGGGACGAAAGACUGGUGAAACUGAGCUACCACGUGUACGGUUCAUUCCAGAUAAAACCGCUUCAUUUGAAAGAGAUAAAACUAGUUUUCCUGAUGUUCCAAGAGAUCAGUCACAACCCCCUGUUAAUAUUCAAAAUCUCUUUCUUGAUCAUCGUGUACAAAAAAGAGUGACUACUAUUUCAACAACCAAAAAAUCUUCUAAGCAUGUCUAUUGGCACAUUCCAGAGACUGCUACUGGUUCCAUAUUUUUUCCCAAGUGUCGUUCAGCUUCAAGUCGAGUUUUUGGGAAAGAAACAAGAAAGAUGGAAAGUUCCAGAAAAUCAGAAGAGCCAUUAAAAAUAACCAAUAUUUAUGCUAACAUUUUAAAAGAGAUUCUGAUUCUCUCCUCAGAGUUCUCCAAACUACCAAGUGCCCCUUCUUCAGUGCCCACUCCCAAACUCAAGGAAGUUCAUUCUGACCAGUUUUUACAAAAGAGCAGUACCUACACUUUUGAGCAGCCCCUGUUACGUUUAACUGCAACAGUGCCAAUCCCUGUACCGAGGACUAUACCUGUUAAAGCUGAAAGUCAGCAGUCUGACCGUUUACAGUGUCGUAUGGUGACACUAAAUAUUAAUGAUUUUCCAGGUCCCAUUUUCAUACCGACGCCAGUUUUACCAAGGAAACCUCUAAGACAGUCUGUGAUAGAAAGUCGUGUAACAGAAUAUGAACAUGUAGAAAGUGUCCCAAAGCAAAGCAUGCUGAGCGUAUGUGAAGGUAGCAUUAAAUCUAGAAAAAUCGAAACCUCAGUGGCACGUAUCGUACAUGGUGAAGGUUUUAAGACUGUUGUGGCAACAUGCUAUGAAACAGUAACAGCAAUGACCAAGCUGGCCAUAGUAAACUGUCAAAUUCAUGGAAGAAAUGCACUUAAUCUUAAGGGCUUUUUUCUCCUGAAUUGUCCAGACCUAACACCUUUGGCUUUCCAAUUGAUAUAUCUUAAUUUAUCAUAUAAUAACAUCUGUUACUUUCCCACAGAAAUAUUUUGUCUUAAAAAUUUACAAAUACUGUAUCUGAGAAAUAAUCCUAUCAAAGAAAUCCCUUCUACAAUUCAACAACUUAAGUUCCUUAGAACUUUCAACAUUGCCUUUAAUUUGAUUACUACGCUUCCACCUGGGCUAUUUUGCUUGCUUAAUCUUGAGGAACUUGAUAUUUCCUACAAUAGUAUUGCUUUUAUUCCAAAUGAAAUCAAGAAACUCAGAUCACUUGAAAAAUUGAUCGUUGAUGGAAAUGAACUGACUAGUUUUCCACCUGCAAUUUUGAAGCUUAAUCUGAAAAAAAUCCUAUUUGAGAAUAAUUUCACUCAUCCUAGUCUUUGGAAAGAGAAUUCUAUGAAUAGUCCACAACGACUUACUCAACUUACUUCUUUGUUCUUUUUAGAGAAUAAUCUACAUAAAUAUUAUAAUGUGAUCCCAGUGGAAAUUCAAAAGUUACUGAAAUGCACAUCCCGAUGUGAAUGGUGCCAUGGUCCAAUGUUCGGUGAAGGUUUUCGCAUCAUCCGAUCCUGCAAUAUUUUUGGAGUAACACAGUUUCCUGUUAUAUUUUAUGUCUGUUCCUCUUCCUGCUACAGAAAAGUAAAGGAAAGCAAUUUUGUUUUCGAUAAUGUUCCUGGUAAAAGAAUAUCUCUAAAUCCCGAGUUGAUGAAUCAUACAGUGAUUUAUGAGGCCCACUUUAAAAGCCAUUAA